UUGGGGUGAGGUCUUGGGGAGGUAGAGGAAUCGGGGAGAGAAGUGAUCUUUCAAGGCCCCUGCGCCUCUCGAAUCUUGGAGCUUCGCUCGCCAGGCGUCGCGCGCUGUCUUGACGUCACCGCCACCCUUGCCCCGGCCCGAGCGGCGCAGGAGCGGAGUUUCGUUUGACAGAGCCGUGGGGAGGCGUGGCGACUUCCCUGUCCAGCGGAGGAAAAGGAAAGUGGCGUCCGCGGAAGCCAGAGUUGACUGCAGUGCCCUGGAGGAGAAGAGCCAUUCAUUGAUUUUGUACCAAAACUGAUGGAGCAUCAGUUGUCAGAGGUGGCACCAGGGGGGUGUGAGUGUCACACACAAGAGUGAAGCUGUUCUAGAGCGAACGAUGAUGAGUAAGCUGCAGGCAUAUACAAGCUCGAACCCCCACAUGGGGGCUGUAUGGGAGACUAGAGCAUCUACGAAAGAAAACUGCAGUCAGAGUAAGAAAUACGGCCUGCAAACAGAAAGCCUUCGUCCUGAGAGCGCUCGCCAGCACUUCCGGAGCUUCUGCUAUCAUGAAGUACCUGGACCACUCGAAGCUGUCAGCCAACUUCAGGAAUUAUGCCACCAGUGGCUGAGACCAGAGAUUCACUCGAAAGAGCAGAUCUUGGAACUGUUGGUGCUAGAGCAGUUCCUGACCAUUCUUCCCAGGGAGACCCAGAACUGGGUGCAGAAGCAUCAUCCACAGAACAUCAAACAGGCAGUGGAUCUGGUAGAACGCUUGCAGAGAGAACCUGGCGGAACACAGAAUGAGGUCACAGCCCAUGAGCUGGGAAAGGAGGCAGUGCUCUUGGGAGGAACAGCAAGUGGCCCCAGGCUUCAAGUGGAAGCCAGCAGAGCCCCAACCAAUGGGUAUGUUCAGAAAGAAUGUUGGAAUACAUACCAGGUACUACAAGAACUGCUGGGCUGGCAUACUCACAAAGAAACCCAGUCUGUAUAUAAACGAGCUGUGUAUACUCCACAGAUUUUAGCCCUUUCUGAGCAGAAAAGCACCAAAGACUGGAAGAUGGCAUCUGAGCUCACCUUGCCUGAGUCCCAGAGUUUGUUGACAUUUGAAGAUGUGGCCGUGUAUUUUUCUGAGGAGGAAUGGCAAUUACUAGACCCUAAUCAGAAGACACUCUACAAUGAUGUGAUGCAGGACAACUAUGACACUGCCAUCUCCCUAGGGUUAAAGCUCAAAAAUGACGCUGGAAAUGAUCAACCCAAAUCUGUUUCUGCAUCAGAAAUACAAGCACCAGGAUUCAAAGUAUCAAAGAAGACAAGAAUCAAAGUUGGCCAGAAAACAGUGAGCAAGGAAAAUCAUGGUGAUACACAUGGGGUACAGAAACAGGGUCGAGCUUUUCCAAGAAAGAAAAGAAAGUUAGUUUCAAGCUAUACACAAGAGCUUCCAAAACGCCACAGGAAAAGCCACACAGGAGAAAAACCUUUUAAAUGUCAGGAAUGUGGGAAAAGCUUCAGAGUUAGCUCUGAUCUUAUUAAGCACCAGAGAAUUCACACUGAAGAGAAACCCUAUAAAUGUCAACAAUGUGAUAGGCGAUUUAGAUGGAGUUCAGAUCUUAAUAAGCACUUCAUGGCACACCAAGGAAUAAAACCAUAUAGAUGCUCAUGGUGUGGGAAAAGCUUCAGUCAUAACACAAAUCUACACACACACCAAAGAAUUCACACAGGAGAGAAGCCCUUUAAGUGUCAUGAAUGUGGCAAAAGAUUCAUUCAAAAUUCCCACCUUAUUAAACACCAGAGAACCCACACAGGUGAGCAGCCUUAUACUUGUAGUAUGUGCAGGAGAAACUUUAGCAGGCGGUCAAGCCUUCUUAGACACCAGAAACUCCACAGGAAAAGAGAAGCACAUUCAGUGUCCCCAGUCUGAGGAAAGUCACCAUAUGGAAUGACAGCCGUGAAACAAAAGUAUGUGGUGCCCGGUAAUAAGAAUCUGUUAUUAACA